AUGAUCGAUGAAUUUAAUCGAUAUUAUAUUAAAAUUCGGACAAUUCUGAAAAUAGAUGCAAAGACAAUUUGCGGAGAACUUACAACAGCAUUGGGAGCUGAUGCUGAUAUUCAACUGUUGCAAAAUGGGCGAAAUAUUGGUCGAAAGUCAAGUAAUGCUACAUGGAUUAGCGAAAAUGAACCACCAAGGACCAUUGUUCGUCGAAAUGGAUCUGAGCCCAAAACAUUGUUUUGUUUAUUCUUUAAAUCAAAUGGUCCUGUUUUUAUACACAAAGUUGAUGAAGGCAAGACUAUCGAUCACAACUAUUACAUUGAAAAUUGUCUCAAACCUGUUGUUAAUGAAAUACGGAAACAAGAAAAAUCAUCACGCACAAAAUGCAUCAGAUUGCUUCACGAUAAUGGUCGUCCUCAUAUUCAUCGGGAUGUUAUUGACUAUUUAACAGAAGAAGGUAUUGAAAUAAUACUACAUCCACCAUACUCACCUGAUCUUGCACCCUGUGACUUUUGGCUCAAUGAUUACAUCAAGAUUAACUUGGCUGACCAAGAAAACGAAGAAUCACUAGCUCGGCCGUUUUUCUGGAAUUUCGUGAACAAUAUUCCAGAAAAAGAGUUUAAAAAAACUUUUGACAAACUAUUAGAAAGAAUGAAACUUUGUAUAAAUAAUAAUGGUGACUAUUUUGAACAUUUAAUAAAAUAA